UACAACACUACAACCCCAAAUGUAUUUUCGCUUCUUGCUGCUACCCUAUAAAAUUUUGCAAUAAAAAAAGGCAGUUUUAUAAAAUAUUGAAACGCCGAAAAAGUGACUGUGCUUGUGCAAUAAAAAAUUUAAGCGUUACCAAAGUUCUUACAAUCUAAAGCAGCUGGGUCUUUCCAAAUAGUGUAAUAGUGUGUGUGUGUGUCUGGUUGGUUUGGUUACUUGAGUCUUCGUCGCCGCCGAGCAGACGCCAUCGCCCUAUCGUCCAUAUACCUACACAUAUAUAUAUAUAUAUAUAGUGUAUAGCCAUGUCGCGAAGUGUGCGCGCCGAGACACGCAGCCGGGCCAAGGAUGACAUCAAGCGGGUAAUGCAGGCCGUGGACAAGGUGCGGCACUGGGAGAAGAAAUGGGUUACGAUCAGCGACACCACGAUGAAAAUCUACAAAUGGGUUCCGAUCUCUUCGAACAGUGAGAAGAAAUCAAAGUUACAGCUGAACAAUAAGAUCAGCGACAAGGAGAACUCACAGAAAGGCACGCCCACACCACCUCAAAUAACGCCCAGUUAUGCCGGUUUAACUGCCGAUGAUUCAAAUACUUGUUUUUCGGUGGUAAGUGAUAGCCAAGGAGCCGAUUUUGUGUCCAGCAUGCCCUUCUCGGAGGACUCCAAUUCUCAAGGCAGCGACGGGCCAGUGAAGCGUCUGAAAACGAGUGAUUAGCUAGAUAUGAUCAUUCACAGCUCCAGCUACAGUAGCUAAAGUAGCUUAGCGGGCCGUGUGAAUGCGAAAUUGUAAUUAUUUUAUAUAUACAUACAUAGAUUUUAUACUUUAUAUUCUAUUCAAUAUUUUUUUUUUGAUUUGCGAGUAGAUUUUUAGCAUAUUACGAUUAUAUUGAGUACGAAGAUAAUCAUCUGCCUCACCAAGACUUAAGCAAUUCUCCUAUACGUCUAACCAUAAGUAAAAAAUAUACACAAAAAAAAAAGAAAAUGAUAUAAAAAAAAAAAACAAAACAC